AUUUGUUGGUGGAAAUACUGGGGAUAUUUUCAUACCCAAGAUUAAGAUUCAUUUUCACUCGGAUUCUCAAAGGAGGUCGGGUUAGAACUGAGAGAGGAAAAUGCAAGAAAGAGAGGAGGCAGAGGAGUUGGUGACGCCAGGAGAGGUGUUGGGGAAGGGUUCGCAACUCAAGGCAGGGAGGGGAGCCUACUUCUUACCCCAAAAUGGCACCGUUUAUGCUUCCCUCACUGGUCGCCGCUCUCUCAUCCCUCCUUCUCCCCUUUCAUCUGACCAGAGGCCAACUGUCGAAGUAACAGGUCAUAGUGCCCAUGGUGCCAUUCCUGAGCCUGGUUCCAUUGUCAUUGCCAGGGUUACUAAAGUUAUGGCUAGAAUGGCCUCAGCUGAUAUAAUGUGUGUUGGCCCCAAGUCUGUGCGAGAAAAAUUUACUGGAAUAAUUAGGCAACAAGAUGUUAGAGCAACAGAAAUAGACAAAGUGGAUAUGCACUCGUCUUUUCGCCCUGGUGACAUUGUCAGAGCUCUAGUUCUCUCCCUCGGAGAUGCACGGGCAUACUUUCUAUCAACUGCAAAGAAUGAACUGGGAGUUGUAUCUGCAGAGAGCGCAGCAGGUGCAACUAUGGUUCCAAUGAGCUGGACGGAGAUGCAGUGCCCAUUGACAGGACAAAUAGAACAAAGAAAGGUUGCGAAAGUUGGAGGGCAAGUUGGAUACAAGCCUCAGAUUAAAUAUAUAUAUAUAAGAAAAAAAAAAAAGAAGAUUGAUUUGAAAUCCCAUUCAAGCAUUAUCUUUCACUCCCUGGUUGGGUGGGCUCUACACACACUAAAACUCCAAAAUCCCAACACAACCAAGAAUCACAAAGCCCAACUUCCCAAAACUACCAAUACCACAAUACCUGCACCUGAAAUGGCCUCUCUUCUUCAUCUUCGUCAUCCACACUCUGUCUUUAACCUCUCUUCUUCCUCUCCCACUCUACUCUUUCUCCACUCUCCUCAUCACAUCCCUCUUAAACCCUCUCACUCCACCUCUAUCACCCUUAAAUUCCUCCACUUCAGACCCCACACUGCCCCAUUUGCUCUCACUGACUCUGACUCCCCCAAGUCCCUCAGCCCCAACCCCGAAACCCCGCAAACCCUUCUCCAAGAACUUGCUGAUAGUUUUGAUCUUCCAUCGGAUUACUUUGCUCAACUUCCUCGUGAUCUUCGUUUAGAUCUGAAUGAUGCGGCUUUUGAUCUUUCAAGUGGGCCAGUGAUUGAUGAGUGUGGGCAAGAGCUGGGAGAGACUUUGUUAAAUCUAUCUCGAGCAUGGGAACAAGCUGAUACAUCAAGUUCCAGUACUUUAGUGAGCAAGCUCCCUUCAUUAGAAGGCUCUUUGACCGAUAAUGCCAAGACAGCAUUUGGCAAGCGAUUGGUAUCUGCUGGAAGAAGAUUUCAAUCCAUGGGGCAGUAUGGUCAAGGUGAACUACAAAGGAUUGCAAAAGCAAUGACUAUGACUGGGAAGCUCCUGUGUGCAAGUUCAGUGUCUGCAGAGACCAAUGUACAACCAAAAGAAGAAACUAGGAUGCUGAAGUUUGGAGAACUUCAGGUUGCUUUAACAUCUGAUAAAGCCAACAUUGGGGCUGCAAUUGGUUUUGUUUUUGGGAUACUCUCAUGGCAACUAAGUCAGGGCGUCCAAAGCAUACCUGAGAGCUCAUUGCAGUAUGCAAAUGAUAAUGCUUUGCUUCUGGCUAAGUCUCUAAGGGGAGCUCUACUUGCAAUUUGCUACUCAUCAACAGCCUUGUCUGCCUUAGCUACUGUGGGGCUUAUUUUGCUUGCAAGAGAGCUCAAGUCAGAUAUGGCUUCUCUCACCUGCUCCGCAGCGGACCUCACCCCCCUCCUAGCCGGUGCAGCUACCAACACCACUGCCGUCGCCGACUACCUCUGCUCCCGCUUUGACACCAUCGCCGCCAGACUCUCCGACACCACCUACGCCGUCGAUUCCACCUACCUUCUCUUCUCUGCCUACCUUGUCUUCGCCAUGCAGCUCGGCUUCGCCAUGCUCUGCGCCGGUUCCGUCCGCGCUAAAAACACCAUGAACAUCAUGCUCACCAACGUCCUCGACGCUGCUGCCGGAGCCAUCUCCUAUUACCUCUUCGGCUUCGCUUUCGCCUUUGGCUCUCCCUCCAACGGCUUCAUCGGCCGUCAUUUCUUUGGCUUAAAGGAUUUUCCUUCAUCCUCUUUCUACUACACUUUCGACUACAGCUACUUCCUCUACCAAUGGGCCUUCGCUAUAGCGGCCGCCGGCAUCACCAGCGGCUCCAUAGCGGAGCGGACCCAGUUCGUGGCUUACCUCAUUUACUCUUCUUUCUUGACUGGCUUUGUUUACCCGGUUGUUUCACACUGGUUUUGGUCCCCUGAUGGCUGGGCCUGCCCGACCCGGUCCAACGGAGACCUUCUAUUCGGAUCGGGAGCCAUAGAUUUUGCCGGGUCGGGCGUGGUUCAUAUGGUCGGCGGCGUUGCAGGUCUGUGGGGGGCCUUCAUUGAAGGACCCAGGAUCGGACGGUUCGACAGGACCGGCCGAUCUAUAACUUUACGAGGGCAUAGUGCUUCUUUGGUUGUGCUCGGUUCGUUUUUGCUUUGGUUCGGUUGGUACGGGUUCAACCCCGGUUCGUUCAUCACGAUAUUAAAAUCAUACGGUGAGAGUAGGGGGUAUUAUGGUCAAUGGAGCGCAGUUGGGAGGACAGCCGUCACAACUACAUUGGCUGGGUGCACAGCUGCGCUCACCACCUUAUUUGGCAAACGCCUAUUGGCGGGUCACUGGAACGUGACAGAUGUCUGUAACGGUCUCUUAGGAGGUUUUGCGGCCAUCACCUCUGGGUGCUCCGUGGUGGAACCAUGGGCGGCGAUUGUGUGCGGGUUCGUGGCAGCUUGGGUUCUCAUUGGAUGCAACAAGCUAGCGGAGAGAGUAGAGUACGAUGAUCCCCUAGAGGCGGCGCAGCUUCAUGGGGGGUGCGGCGCGUGGGGGUUGUUGUUCACGGGACUUUUCGCGACGAAGAAGUAUGUGAGAGAGGUGUAUGCGGGGCCGUCGGAUAGACCGUACGGGUUGCUGAUGGGCGGCGGUGGGAAGCUGCUUGCAGCUCAGUUUAUUCAGAUAAUAGUGGUGUCCGGAUGGGUGACGGUAACAAUGGGCCCAUUGUUUUACGCACUGCAUAAGCUGAAAUUGUUGAGGAUCUCUAGCGAAGAUGAGAUGGCAGGAAUGGAUCUGACCAGGCACGGUGGAUUUGCUUAUGUGUACAACGAGGAUGAUGAGUCGACAUUUAAACCGGGUCUUCCCUUGGGGAGGGUGGAGCCUACCAACUCUCGUCAGAACUCACCACCACAACCAGCCGUGUGAUUUGGGGGGUUUCAUGCCAGAUGCCUUCAAAUUAAAAGAAAAGACGAGUGUAAUUUGCAUUGUAUAAUUUUCACAAUAAAUUUUGUAGCAAAAUAUAAAUAUAGUUGGCGUGAA